AUGCGGAUAAUCAAUGAGCUCACUGCUGUAGCUAUUUCAUAUGGCCUCGACAAGAGAGCUGAGUGUGCUGGAGAACGAAAUACUUUCAUCUUCGACCUGGGUAGUGGGACUUUUGAUGUUUCUCUCCUUACAAUUCAGGAUAAGGUCUUCCAAGUUAAGGCCACCGCUGGAAACACUCACCUCGGGGUCGAGGACAUUGAUAAUAGGAUGGUGAACUACCUCAGAUUGUCGUCCAAAGAAAUUCAAGAAAUGAUCAAAGAAGCUGAGAAUUACCAUGUAGAAGAUGAAAAAUUUCUAAGAAAGGCCAAUGUAAUGAAUGCAUUACAUUAUUGUGUUUACAAGAUGAAGAAUGAUUUAAACAAGAAGGAUACUAAUCUAAAGCUCUCCUCUCAAGAAAAUGACAAGAUUAACUCUGCAAUUAAAAAGGACACAAAUUUGCUUGAAAUUAGUAACCAGCAGAGUGAAAUAGAUAUUCUUGAAAAUCAUCUGAAGGAUCUUGAAAGUAUUGUUGCUUGCAUAUCAGUAUUUGAUUUCAGUUUUCCUUCAACAAUCUCAAAAUGA